AUGUCAUUCUUCCAAAGAGCACUUGGAGUGACAGCUGCGCUUGCCUUUGUUAGAGGAGCGUAUGCGAAGCUCGAUUUCUCUCAGAGGGAAAAUAUGGUUGUUUACUGGGGCCAGAACUCCUUGGGAGCAUCAGCAAGUGGAGGAGACGAACAGACCCAAAAGCCGUUAUCACAUUACUGCAAAGAUGAAAAUAUUGACGCCAUCGUCAUGGCGUUCGUGAUGACUAUCAACGGACCAGGAGGUGCACCGGAAUAUGACCUUUCCAACAUCAGCAAGGGGUGCGACACAUUUGACGGGACAAAUCUGAAGAACUGUCCCGAAGUUGGGGCGGACAUCGCGGAAUGUCAGAAGAACGGCAAGACUAUUCUUUUGUCCAUUGGAGGAGCUACGUACAACGAGGGUGGCUUCAGCUCUGAAAAAGAGGCCAUUGCAGGCGCGGAACUGAUCUGGAAGACGUUUGGUCCUACCAAAGAGCACGGGCCAGCCGAAGAGCCUGUACACUCUGCUCAGGAAACUGCUACGCUUCAGCCCACAGAGACUCAGAAGCCAGCCACCACGGCAGCACCUGACCAGCCGUCAACCGCCAUUGCUGCAGGCACGAACGCCCCUUGGAAUACUUGGAAUAAUUGGAAUACUUGGAACAAUAACAAUUGGAAUACCCCGAAUUCCCCCGCAAACCAAAAUGGUCUUUGGCAGCCACAGGCGACAAGUCUCAACAACCUAGCGCCCCAGCUUAUCGGCCGUGCAUCUGAACCUGUCUCCACGAGCAGCCAGGCAUCCAAGGUGUACCGUCCGUUCGGCAAGACCUCCGUCGAUGGCUUCGACCUAGACUUUGAAGCCACCAACUCCAACAUGCAGCCAUUCGCCAAGCGCCUCCGCGAGCUGAUGGACGGCGAGUCAGACCGAAAAUACUACCUUACCUCCGCCCCGCAGUGCCCUUACCCCGAUGCAGCGGACAAGGACUUCCUCAACGGACCCGGCCCCGUCGACAUGGAUGCUGUAUUUGUGCAAUUCUACAACAAUCCAUGCGGCCUGAGCAGCUUUGACGCGAAUUCUGACGAGCAACCUCAAUUUAACUUUAAGACGUGGGAUGACUGGGCCAAGGACGGCUCCAAGAACCAAGACGUCAAGGUGCUUCUCGGUGUUCCCGCCAGCAAGGAAGCGUCGGUUAGCGGCUUCGUACCUAUUUCGGAACUCAAGCCGAUUAUCGAGUACGCCCAAGGGUUCGACAGCUUCGGAGGUGCGAUGGUGUGGGAUGUUACCCAGGCUUAUGACAAUAAGGGAUUCUUGUCUAGUGUGCGGCAGGCAUUGACCCAGAGUGCUUCGCGUAUGUUGCGGUAUGCCUUCCGUCGAAGUGAUGAGUACUAA